AGGCUACCUACCUCUAGUCUCAGUAGUGUUACUAUCACCGUGUCUUGUAGACUAUCCGUCUACGAUAGUCACGCAGCCGCCAGACUACUGUCUACAUUUACCAGAUAGGCCUACCUUCGCCAGCCUACAACCUUUCAAGCAGGUGCUGGCGAGAGUUAGGAGACAUGGCAUGGUAGUAUGGCGGGUGGGCAGCAGGCGGGGCAUUACCCCCCCAUACCCGAGUUCCUUGCCGCUGACCACUACUGGGGGUCGAGCCGCCGCUCCGGCCACCCCAUUAUCAGACCCAAACCCAGAAGACCAGAUGUGCACCGUGGGGAGGGUGGUGCCAUGCUCAGAACACAGCAGCAGCAGCAGUCACCACAGAGCAGCACCAGCAGCAGUAGCAGCAGAGACCUCACCUCAUACACCCAGCAGCAGUCACCACAGAGCAGCAGCAGUAGCAGCAGCAGCAGUAGUAGGGAUCUGACGCCAUACACUCAGCAGCAGCUGGUUAAGACGCCAGCCAGGGAGGUGGGAAGUGCGUCCAGCACAGCACUCAAGACGCCGCCUACACGAGACCAACCCCAGGGUCGCGGACGUGAGGGUAGCAGAGCUGGGUCGCGAGAGCGCCUGGUUAUGGCUCCCUUAAGUCUGGCCCACCGCGACUACCCUCGUCAUGACUACUACCAACACAAGCCUCAGGACUAUCCCAGUAAGCUGCAGGACUAUCCCAGCAAGCUGCAGGACUACUCCAAGACUCAGGACUACCCCACGAAGCCCCAGGACUAUCCCAGCAAACCCCAGGACUACCCCAGCAAGAAUGGAGGGAAUACCCCAGUGUACAAGGCUCAGAGCCGAGAGGUAGUGCCAGCCCAGCGCCAGCAGUCCCCUGGGGUGGCUCUAGGGAUGCUGGGGUCCACUGGGGGUGGUGCUCUCAGGGAACGGGUAGCUUCACCCCACAGGGUGACAUCCCCUCCAGUAAAACUCCAGGAGCAACAGAGAAUGGCCAGUCCACCCAUCAAAAUGGCUGACCCUCGUCCCCAGCAUGACUACCUAAAACCCGAUAUGUCUAAAUUAGACAUUUCUUCUGUGGGAGCCCCCAGAGUAAGCCCUGCAGGUAUCAGCAGCCAUUUUGUACAACAAUACCCUGAACGUGAUACCCCAUCUCAGGUUAACAAUACCCCAUCUCAGGUUAACAAUAGCCCAUCUCAGGUCAACACCAGUACCACCAAUGCAGUGUGGGAAGGUAGCUACCCAAUGACUACCGAGAAAUACCCAAUUUCGGGGCAUCUUAGCUCUACGUAUGCUCCUCUGCCCUUGACGGCAUUGCACAUGCAAUCUUCACCGUCUCAUGGCCAGAGGCUGCAACACGACCCACCAGAAAAGGUUAUCGAUGCCCUCGAAGUGAAGAAGGAUAUUAGUUUUUCAUCCAGUAAUAAUAACAAUAGCUGUAUGGAUGAUGCCCUGGAUGAUAAGUACCGCGACUACCCAGCAGAGAAGGACUUAGGCGACCCUGAAGUCCUAGUCGACGGCUGCGAUCUGAAGAAGCUAGCCGAAGUCACUAGCAAGAUGGCGCUCACUGUCCUGCCAGAUGAUGUUGACACUUACAACGAACUCAACAAACAUCACCUGAAUAGCCACCUGAGUGCUCACCUGGGCCACCUGGGACGCCCUGCGGGCCAGCUGACUCCUGAGAGCACAGACUGCGGCUCUCUAAGCAAGAGUUCCUCAGACGGUGACCACAUGAUGCAUCGCAAACGGCCACCGACCAAACUCAAGUCUAAGAGACGGAAUAUUCUCUCCUUCCCUCACCACCUGUCAGUUGACGAGCUGCGAGUUAUACAGCGACGACAGGACUCAUAUGGCGGUGGAUCAUCCUCGGAUGAGAACAGGUCGUCAGGCCACGCCUCCAUGUCAGAUGACCACACCUCCUCGUCUCCACCCAUCGACUCCCUGCCCAGGCACGACCACCUCAGGUCCAACCUGAAGGUCGUUCCUGAGGAUGAACGACUAUCAGCGGCUGUCACCUCUGUUGGGGCCGGCUACAAGGGUGCCGGCUCGGCCAGACGUGGCCAACAGUGGCCCAGGCACAGGGCCACACCUUCCAAGGAUGACCUCUCACUGACCCUGGAGAGUGCCAGUGGCCUGGAGGAUAUCAAACAAGCCAUUGAGCAGCUCACAAUGCGUUCCCAAGGCUCAAGAACUAGCUACUCCACCUCCACCUACUCCUCCAUGUCAGGCUCUGAGGGCGAGCCAGUUCGAAGAUUGAUGAGGCACUCGUCCUUGGAAACUAUUAACACUAAUGUCACGGCCGCUGAUGAGUUUGUUUGGGUUGAUUCCCACAACAGAUUGGUUGAGCUUCAGCAGCUACCGUGGAGCAACCAUGAUGUGCUACGAGUGGUGCAGCAGGGCCGGGUGAGGGAGCAGCUAGACAGAGUGUCCAUGGAGGCGGUGCCGCGACUGUCGUACCUGCUGCAGCGGGCACUGGUUAGGGUGGCGCGUGAGGCUCAGAGGCUCACUCGACCCCUGGCAAUGUGUAGCAAGCAGGAAGUCUCCUCUGCUCUCAAGAUUGUCCUGUCUCCAGCUCUGGCUGAUUCCUGCAUAAAGGCAUGUCUACGAGCCGCUGCCAUGUACACAGUGUGUGGAGACCAGUUGAGACAAUCGAAGAGUGCUCGGGCUGGUCUGAACCUCUCAGUGGGCCGCUUCAUGAGGUGGAUGUGCGAUGUCAGGAUCGGAAAAUUUAUCCAUGAGUAUGCUGCAGUGUACCUGACGGCUGGUAUGGAGAAUUUAUUGGAAGAAAUGGUACUGCAGUGUCUGCCAGCGGAAGAUGACCACAUGUUGACAGCCAGUGUUCUCGAACAUGCUAUUGCCAACAAUGGGGACCUCUGGGGUCUAUUGCAACCGUAUGCUCACCUCAACGCCGGCAGAACGGCUACUGGUGCUCUGUGUUUGCCACGAUGGGCAAGUACGUGCAGCAUCGAGGCAGCCUCUGUCAGUGGAUCCUCCACUGGUGCCAGCAGAGGAAGCGGAGGCAGUGGUGCCAGCUCAGGAGGCGCAACUGGAAGUGGUGGAGCUUCGACCACUACGUCGGGAGCCAGUGAGGGCAGCGGCAGUGGAGGCUCCGGCAGCGGUAAUGGCGGACCUCAGCCGUCGAGGUGUUCCUCCAGCAUGACACUCACUCCAGAGGAACACUCCAGGAGCAGCAAGACACUGGAGCAGUCACUGCUGACAACAUGCGUGGGAUCCCUGGCCGAGCUGAGCGAACUACUGAGCCGCGUGGCACCGCACCAUCACCGCGCUGCCAACAGCAACUCGCCAACACGGGCUCAGGUAACGUGGGGCCCAUCCGCUCUGCAUGCUCUAUUCUACUUCAUGAGGUGUAGUCAACUGGAGCAUGCUGAGCAUGCAUCUCGAGCACCGAUCCAGGAGCUAGUGUAUGAGCGGCCGUACAUCGUGUUACCACCACUGCUGGAGUGGGUGCGGGUGGCCACGGCCCACACCGAACACCGUCACUCCACUGUCGUUGACAAGGAUGAUGUGAUGCAGGCAGCCAGGCUCCUCCUCCCUGGGGUCGACUGUCCUGUCAGGAUGAUUGGAUAUGAGGAGUUGAUGUGUCCUCGACGGCAGUUGGAUGAGAUGGAGUGCGCCAAGAAAUUCAAAGUGGAUCUUGCCUUUAAGAUGCUGUCCUGCGGCCGUACUGACCUGGUACCCCAUGCGCUUCAGCUCCUGCCCGCCACCAAGGUCAAUACAGUCAAUGAAUACGGCUUAACGCCACUCAUGCUGGCGUGCAUCCGGGGUGAUGAACCAAUGGUCAACAUGUUACUGGACGCUGGGGCUGACGUAGAUGCUGAGACACCACCGACGGGUCCGGCCUACCUCAUGGCCAACCCUGAGACGCAACACUGGACAGCUCUCACCUACGCGGCCAUACAUGGCCAUAUUAACCUGGCCAAGACCCUGCUGGAGAAGGGCGGCAAUGUUGAGGGCGGCGCCAGGCUGGCCGAAGAGAAAUGUACAGAAACACCACUACAGGUUGCGGCGGCAGCUGGUCACACAGACAUGAUGGCUCUGCUCUUGUCGUAUGGCGCUAACCCGUACCUCUCCACACUGAUGAAAGAUUCACUGUGUUACUCCGGCGCUGCCCAGCGUGGUUGUUAUGCCGCAAUCGCUGUUGCUGCCGCUCACGGUCAGAAGUCUAUCCUGCAUAAGCUUUUGUCGCAGCCACAGCAUGCAUCAGCCAGAGAGGUGCUGUCCUUGGAGGAAAUCCUGGCAGAGGGCGCUAACGGCAACACCUGUGACCGUGACCGCCGACCUGGGCGCCAGAUGUGCAUCAUAGACGACCCUGUGGGACGAGGAAGCAUCGCCUCAUCUGACUCGUCGCAGGUUGUCAAACUCACCAAGCAGCAGAUCAAGACGCUUCAGGAGGCCAUGUAUCACUCGGCAGAAUCCGGCCAUCUGGAAAUGACUUUGGACUUGCGGAACCUGGGCGUGCCGUGGACCUUACAUUGCUGGAUGCAUACAUUGGCCACUGCACAUGAGCACCGCCUUGAGUCCAUCAUUGAUCAAUUGUUGCAAGACUUUCUCCAGGUUUGGCCAGAUGAUUAUUCUGCUCAGUUUGUGGAUGAAUGUCUACCACUACUCUUCACUAUCUUCAGAUACAGUAAGAUUGAUAGCUAA